GAACUGUCAGGGUGAAGCUACGCCCUUUAGCUCUCUAUAGUAGGCCUGGAAUAGUUUGUGGAGUCGGUUUUAUCACUUGGUAACCGAGAUCUACUCCAGGAUAUGCUGGAUGUGCGCUGAAAAUCCGCCGGAAUGGGAUUCCGUAUCACUACGUGGAAUGUCAAUGGAAUUCGGAACCCGUUCUCAUAUGAACCAUGGCGAGGCAAACGAACUUUCGAGGCCAUGUUUGAUAUACUAGAGGCAGACAUUGUCAUUUUCCAAGAAACCAAAAUACAACGAAAAGAUCUCCGAGAUGACAUGGUACUAGUGCCGGGAUGGGACUGCUAUUUCAGCUUACCUAGAAUAAAAAAAGGCUAUUCUGGAGUUGUCAUAUAUACACGCAAUGCGACAUGCGCUCCCAUACGCGCCGAAGAAGGCCUGACUGGUACUCUCUGCGCCCCGAAUUCUUCAGUCCCCUUCCGAGAUCUGCCAGAGGACCAACAAAUUGGGGGCUACCCAACAAUUGAACAGCUUUCCAGUCUUGAGCUUGACGCAGCCACUAUCGACUGUGAAGGGCGUUGUGUAGUCCUCGAGUUUCCAGCGUUUGUGGUGAUCGGUGUCUACGCCCCCGCCAACCGUGACGAAACGCGGGAUUCGUUUCGCCUCUGCUUUCUCGAUGUGCUAGAAGCUCGUGUUCGGAACCUGGUAGCAAUGGGUAAAAGAGUAUUUGUUGCUGGGGAUAUCAAUAUUGCGCGGGAAGAAAUCGAUUCGGCGCAUUUAGCAGAGGCUAUCCGUAAAGGAACCGCAACAGAGGAUGAAUUUAUAACAACACCAGCUCGUCGUGUAUUUAACCAGUUACUAUCCGGAGGCAAAGUCAUUGGGGAACGAGAUGAAGGGAGGGAACGGCCUGUACUGCAUGAUAUUUGCAGGUCUUUUCAUCCGAAUCGCAAAGGCAUGUAUACGUGCUGGGAACAGCGGAUAAAUGCACGUCCAGGCAAUUAUGGUGCCCGGAUUGAUUAUGUCUUGUGUAGUCUCGACAUGAAAGACUGGUUCUGCGACUCGAACAUCCAGGAAGGGUUGAUGGGUUCUGACCAUUGCCCUGUCUACGCUGUGUUGAAAGAAUCCGUGUCCAUUAAUGGCACACAGACAAAUAUACGUGAUCUUAUGAACUCCCCGGGCAUGUUUCUUAACGGAGAACGCCGACAAGAAUUCUCUAAUAAAAAUUAUCUACCACUCUCGGGACGUCUGAUACCAGAAUUUGACAAGAGGCGGAAUAUUAAGGACAUGUUCUCUCGCACACCAACCAGCACUUUGCAGAAGUCAGCCUCCUCGAUGUCAACGGCAGAAAUUGCACCGUCGACUCCAAACACAGGGCCAGCAACACAGACUUCAGAUCAGACGCCGAAAGAGACACCAUCGACGCUUCUGACGGGUUCCAGUUCUUACUAUGAUAAAUCUGCCAGGUCUUACACUCGCAAACGACCUGAGAAAGACGGCCCUCCGCUUGUUCCAAGCAAAAAAUCUAAAUCCGCAAGUGUGACCACACCAGGGCAGUCUACACUCAAAGGAUUCUUCAAGCCAAAGAAUAAUACUAGCGCGACAGGAAGUGGUGAACAGGAGUCGUCUGAACCGAAAACAGGCUCUGCCACUGACCUCUCGCGGGUCUCUUCCUUCAAAGUUUCUGCUAAGUCCGAAUCGACUGUCGGAGACUCACUUCCCACUCCAGCUGGCGACUCUGCAGAAGAUACUCCUAGAACUGAAGCUCUCUCAGCGUCAGCAGAUGACGAGAUUUUCAUUGACCCAAUUGUUAGCAAGGAGGACUGGACGAAGUUGUUCACGAAGAAGCCCGUUCCCCGGUGCGAGUUCCAUCAAGAACCCUGUAUCAGAAUGACAACCAAGAAACCAGGCAUCAAUUGUGGUAGAUCAUUUUGGAUAUGUUCCCGGCCUCUGGGGCCGAGCGGAAACAAGGAGAAGGGGACUCAGUGGCGGUGUCCGACGUUUAUCUGGGCGAGCGAUUGGAAUCCGGCCGCGCAGUAGGCGAUGCUGCUUGUUGCUUUUAUCUGCGAGGCCUCGUAGAGAUACCUUAGCAAUGGUAUUGAAUAAUCAUUAGCAUACUAUGUGAAUUCAAAGGAC